UUGUUUAAUACACAUAGUGUGUUUGUGGGUAUGUUACGUCGAUUUAUUUUGCUUCACUGAAAUCAGCUGAUGAAUAAUAUCUAGCCAAAAAGUAGCAUUUUCCUCGCUCGUUAUCAUUUAUUGAAAUACCAUCCAUCAUUGCGAGUACUGUAAUCAAGAGCGCAUCAACGGUGCAGAACGUAGAUGAACACAAUACUUAAAUGAGGUGCUACAAAUAGAUACUGACGAUCGGAGUUUAAAACUGUAUGUAUUUCAAUUUUGCGAUUUCGCGUUUUAGUCUCCAACGAUGAGCGGUAACGGUAGUAAACUGAAAUUCAUUGUUCUGGGUGCCGGAAUAAACGGCUUGUCGUGUGCUUUUCGGAUUUCGACGCACUAUCCAGAUUCGGAUAUAGAGAUAAUUAGUGAGCAGUUUAGUCCAUUCACAACAAGCGAUGUAGCUGCCGGACUUUGGGAACCUUAUCUUCUCGGCGAAACUCCGAGGCAUCUAGUUAGAAAAAUGUGUUAUAGGAAGUGGUCUAACGAAACGUACAAAUACUUCCAUGAAAUGUGGAAAACUGGACACGCGGCUGAAGCGGGCAUUAGUCUGGUACCAUAUCUUGGUCUGGUUUCCAAUGGGGAUGAUUUGGAGGAUUCUUUCUGGAAGGACUAUGUGUUCGGCUUUCGUGUGCUGACUCAACCAGAAUUGCGGCGAUUGGGAACUGAGAACGAUGUAGAAUAUACCUCAGGCACACAAUUUGUUACGUUUACAUGCGAACCAACCAAGCUGCUACAGUUCUACACCAACGCGUUGCGGUCACGUGGGGCAGUGUUUCGUCAGAAAAAGGUAGACUGUUUCCAAGCACUAGACGAGAAAUUGGACCGGCUUAUCGUAAUCAACUGUCUGGGUUUGGCGUCUGGGAAAAUCAUUUCUGACGAAAUGCUCAAACCGUGUCGCGGUCAGGUCAGACGUGUGCAUGCGCCAUGGGUGUUUCAUGUGUUUACGUCCAAUGCUGGCUAUGUGAUCCCAAACACCAGUAGUGUAACGCUUGGUGGAACAAAGCAGGAAGAUGACUGCGAUCUGACCAUUAGAGCCGAGGAUUCCUCGAAGAUUACGAAGGGGUGUUAUGGGUUGAUUCGAAUACUGGAGCGAGCACCGGUUAUCGCCGAUAUGGUUGGAUUACGGCCGACGCGUAACUCCGUGAGGUUAGAAGUUGAAUUUUUGCAAACAGAGCACAACGAGCAGUUUCCAAUAAUUCACAAUUAUGGACAUGGCGGUAGCGGUAUUACACUGGCCUGGGGUUGCGCUGGAGAAGUUCUAAAUUUGGUUCACCAUGUUCUGAACAGUACAAAUUACGGUAGCAAGGAGUUGUUUAGCAGUAAAUCAAAAUUAUGAUAUCUCUCACUACUAUAUCUGGAAAAAGAAGCUUUUUCUAAGGAGUUCAAAAAAAUAAAUAAAAUAGAUUGCAUAAAAUCGAACAAUAUGUAACAUAGUCAUAGGAAAAUAUAUUCGAUCCAUUUGCUAUGUUUUGCAAACAAAAAUACUAUCUACAUAAAAGAAAAACAUUCUCUGUGCACAAACAA